CCUCCCGUCCUCUCUCACUCUCUCUCGCCUUCCUAUUUUUUUUUAAACAAAAAACAACACCGCCCCCCCUCCUUCCCUCCCCUCUUCCACCCGGCACCGGGCACAUCCUCGCUCUAUUUCCUUUCUCUUUCUCUCUUUCCCUCUCUCGCUCUCUUUUUCCUAUCAGGGGAGGGGGAGGGCAGGGAAAGGGGGGGAGGCAGGAAAGAUCUUUCUCUCUCCCCCCCGCCCCCCAAUAAUCCAAGAUCAACUCUGCAAACAACAGAAGACGGUUCAUGGCUCUGGCCGCCGCGCCACCAUCUUUCGGGCUGCCGAGGGUGUUUUUGACGAUUAAUCAACAGAUAUGGUCCGGAAAAAGAACCCCCCUCUGAGAAACGUUGCUAGUGAAAGCGAGGGCCAGACCCUGGAGCCAAUAGGUACAGAAAGCAAGGUAUCUGGAAAGAACAAAGAAUUUUCUGCAGAUCAGAUGUCAGAAAAUACAGAUCAGUGUGAUUCUGCAGAACUAAAUAAUAAGGAGGAGCACAUCUUGCAUGGCCAAGAUCAGUCUUCAAGUAGUAAGAAGGACUUGAAAAGCUCAGUCCUGAGUGAGAAGGCUGGCUUCAAUUAUGAGAGCCCCAGUAAGGGAGGAAACCUUCCCUCCUUCCCACAUGAUGAGGUGACAGACAGAAAUAUGCUGGCUUUCUCAUCUCCAGCUGCUGGGGGAGUCUGCGAGCCCUUGAAGUCUCCUCAAAGAGCAGAGGCAGAUGACCCUCAAGAUAUGGCCUGUACCCCAUCAGGGGACUCCCUGGAGACAAAGGAAGAUCAUAAGAUGUCACCAAAGGCUACGGAGGAAACAGGGCAAGUGCAGAGUGGUCAAGCCAAUUGUCAAGGUUUAAGCCCAGUUUCCGUGGCCUCCAAAAACCCACAAGUGCCUUCAGAUGGGGGUGUAAGAUUGAAUAAAUCCAAAACUGACUUACUGGUAAAUGACAACCCAGACCCGGCACCUCUGUCUCCAGAGCUUCAGGACUUUAAAUGCAAUAUCUGUGGCUACGGUUACUAUGGUAACGACCCCACAGAUCUGAUUAAGCACUUCCGCAAGUAUCACUUAGGACUGCAUAACCGCACCAGGCAGGAUGCUGAGCUGGACAGCAAAAUCCUGGCCCUUCAUAACAUGGUGCAGUUCAGCCAUUCCAAAGACUUCCAGAAGGUCAACCGCUCUGUGCUUUCUGGUGUACUGCAGGACAUCAAUUCUUCAAGGCCUGUUUUGCUAAAUGGGACCUAUGAUGUACAGGUCACUUCUGGCGGAACAUUCAUUGGCAUUGGACGGAAAACCCCAGAUUGCCAGGGAAACACCAAGUAUUUCCGCUGUAAAUUCUGCAAUUUCACUUAUAUGGGCAACUCUUCAACUGAACUCGAACAACAUUUUCUUCAGACUCACCCGAACAAAAUCAAAGCUUCUCUCCCCUCCUCUGACGGUGCGAAACCUUCAGAGAAAAACUCUAGCAAAUCCAUUCCUGCGCUUCGAGGCAGCGAGCCUGGAGACUUGGGGAAGUGGCAGGAUAAGAUAACAGUGAAGGCGGGAGAUGACACUCCUGUCGGCUACUCAGUGCCCAUCAAACCCCUUGAUUCCUCGAGACAAAAUGGUACAGAGGCCACCAGUUACUAUUGGUGUAAAUUUUGUAGUUUCAGCUGUGAGUCAUCUAGCUCCCUUAAACUGCUAGAGCAUUAUGGAAAGCAGCAUGGAUCAGUGCAGUCAGGUGGCCUUAACCCAGAGUUGAAUGAUAAACUUCCCAGGGGUUCUGUCAUUAAUCAGAAUGAUCUAGCCAAAAGUGCAGAAGGAGAGCCAAUGACCAAGGCAGAAAAGGGCUCGAGUGGGGCUAAAAAGAAGGACUUCUCCAGCAAGGGAGCAGAGGAUAAUAUGGUAACAAGCUAUAAUUGUCAGUUCUGCGACUUUAGAUAUUCUAAAAGCCAUGGCCCCGAUGUCAUUGUAGUGGGGCCGCUUCUCCGUCAUUACCAGCAGCUCCACAACAUCCAUAAGUGUACCAUUAAACAUUGUCCAUUCUGUCCCAGAGGCCUUUGCAGCCCAGAAAAGCACCUUGGAGAAAUUACUUAUCCGUUUGCUUGUAGAAAAAGUAAUUGUUCCCACUGUGCACUCUUGCUAUUGCACUUGUCUCCGGGGGCGGCUGGAAGCUCGAGAGUCAAACACCAGUGCCACCAGUGUUCAUUCUCUACCCCUGAUGUAGAUGUGCUCCUCUUUCACUACGAGACUGUGCACGAGUCCCAAGUGUCAGAUGUCAAACAAGAAGCAAAUCAUCUGCAAGGACCGGAUGGGCAUCCGUCUGUCAAGGAGAGCAAAGAGCACUCGUGUACCAAAUGUGAUUUUAUUACCCAGGUGGAGGAAGAGAUUUCCCGACACUACAGGAGAGCACACAGCUGCUACAAAUGCCGCCAGUGCAGUUUCACAGCUGCUGACACUCAGUCACUACUGGAGCACUUCAACACCGUCCACUGCCAGGAGCAGGACAUCACUACAGCCAAUGGCGAGGAGGAUGGUCAUGCCAUCUCCACCAUCAAGGAGGAGCCCAAAAUUGACCUCAAGGUCUACAGUCUGCUAAACCCAGACUCUAAAAUGGGAGAGCCCGUUUCUGAGAGUGUGGUGAAGAGGGAGAAGCUGGAUGAUAAGGAAGGGCUCAAAGAGAAAGUUUGGACUGAGAGUUCCAGUGACGAUCUUCGCAGCGUGGCUUGGCGAGGGGCUGACAUCCUCCGCGGCAGCCCAUCCUACACUCAAGCGAGCCUGGGACUCCUCACACCUGUGUCUGGCACACAAGAACAGACAAAGACUCUGAGGGAUAGCCCCAAUGUCGAAGCUGCCCACCUGGCGAGACCUAUUUAUGGCCUGGCUGUGGAGACCAAGGGAUUCCUUCAGGGCGUGCCAGCUGGUGAAAAGUCUGGGUCCCUCACCCCGCAGUAUCCUGCCUCAGGAGAAAACAAGUCCAAGGAUGAGUCCCAGUCCCUGUUACGGAGGCGAAGAGGCUCGGGUGUUUUUUGUGCCAAUUGCCUGACCACAAAGACCUCUCUCUGGCGAAAGAAUGCAAAUGGUGGAUAUGUAUGCAACGCGUGUGGCCUCUACCAGAAGCUUCACUCGACUCCCAGGCCUUUAAACAUCAUUAAACAAAACAAUGGUGAGCAGAUUAUUAGGAGAAGAACAAGAAAGCGCCUUAACCCAGAGGCACUUCAGGCUGAGCAGCUCAACAAACAGCAGAGGGGUAGCAGUGAGGAGCAGGUCAAUGGAAGCCCCUUAGAGAGGAGGUCAGAAGAUCACUUGUCCGAAGCUCAUCAGAGAGAAAUUCCUCUUCCGAGCCUAAGUAAAUAUGAAGCCCAGGGUUCAUUGACUAAAAGCCAUUCUUCUCAACAGCCAGUCUUGGUCAGCCAAACUCUGGAUAUUCACAAAAGGAUGCAACCUUUGCACAUUCAGAUCAAAAGUCCUCAGGAAAGUACUGGAGAUCCAGGAAAUACUUCAUCCAUAUCUGAAGGGAAAGGGAGCUCUGAGAGAGGCAGCCCCAUCGAAAAGUACAUGAGACCUGCAAAACACUCAAACUAUUCACCACCAGGCAGUCCCAUUGAAAAGUACCAGUACCCACUUUUUGGACUUCCCUUUGUACAUAAUGACUUCCAGAGUGAAGCUGAUUGGCUGCGGUUCUGGAGUAAAUAUAAGCUCUCCGUUCCUGGGAAUCCGCACUACUUGAGUCAUGUGCCUGGCCUACCAAAUCCUUGCCAAAACUAUGUGCCUUAUCCCACCUUCAAUCUGCCUCCUCAUUUUUCAGCUGUUGGAUCAGACAAUGACAUUCCUCUAGAUUUGGCGAUCAAGCAUUCCAGACCUGGGCCAACUUCAAAUGGUGCCUCCAAGGAGAAGACUAAGGCACCACCAAAUGUAAAAAGUGAAGGGCCCUUGAAUGUAGUAAAAACAGAGAAAGUUGACAGAAGUACUCAAGAUGAACUUUCGACAAAAUGUGCGCACUGUGGCAUUGUCUUUCUGGAUGAAGUGAUGUAUGCUUUGCAUAUGAGUUGCCAUGGUGACAGUGGACCUUUCCAGUGCAGCAUAUGUCAGCAUCUUUGCACGGACAAAUAUGACUUCACAACGCAUAUCCAGAGGGGUCUGCAUAGGAACAAUGCACAAGUGGAAAAAAAUGGAAAACCUAAAGAGUAAAAAAAAAAAAAAAACAACCUUAGCACUUAGCACAAUUAAAUAGAAAUAGGUUUUCUCGAUGGGAAUUCAAUAGCUUGUAAUGUCUUAUGAAAACCUAUUAAAAAAGAUACUUCAUAGAGCCUGCCUUAUCCAACAUGAAAUUCCCUUCUUUUUUUAUGCUUUCUUUUAAUGAGUAGGUUACCAAGAUUUUAAAAGUGAGACAAAUGGUCAGUGGGAAAGAAUGAAUGAUGGUGAUCGAUCUUUUUUUUUUUUGUUCGUUUGGGUUUUUUUUUUCUUUUUUUAACCUAGUAAAUGGACACCAUUUUGGCUUAUGUGUAUGAGGGAGUUCAUCCCUACACAGUCCCAUUAGACUAUAAUUACUGUGUUUGUAAAGGGAUUAAAUUUAAAAAGGGUUUACAUAUUAUGAAACUAAAGCAGUACUGGGCUGGCCAUUCGCUCAUUUGUUCAAAAAAAAUCCAUAAAUUCUUGCUUAAAUUUAGAACUAUCAUGAAAUCCUAGGUAGAUGAGAAAAAUAAUUGAAUCUCCAGAGCAAUGGAAGGAAAAUAGCACCCUCUCAAAUUCAGUCUCCUCUCAUUGACCAUGUUUCAGAUUUGGACCCUGAAAUGCAAAGCGUGGUUAGGCUAGGUGAGAGAGCAGCAAGAAAGGUGACAGAUGGUGGCACAAUGUUUUUGGGCAAGCCCUGCCUGUACAUACACAUGCACACCCUCUUUGGUAUUUUUGUCUUGUAGAUGUUCAAAUACUCAGCAGUCCUUGCAUUUGCCAUUUAGGUUCAUUUUGUCCACAUAUAUAUAUAUAUAUAUAUAUAUAUAUAUAUAUAUAUAUAUAUAUAUAUAUAUAUAUUCAUUUGAAAAGGUCCCUACUGCUUUUGUGAUAAUUUUAUUUUAGCCAGAUAUUUCUUUGUUGUUUAUAAUGAACCAGUUUGGAUUUUUUUUCGCUUUUGUAUGCCUCCUGUUUGUCACUAAUUCUCAUUUGGCACACUAUAACUAAAAGAAUUCCCUUAGUUCAAAAGAAUGGAUGGAUACACAUGUCAAACCAUGGUUUUCAUUUGUUAAUAACACAUGGUAUUUCUCCACAAGGUAACCUGCUGUAUUUAUUUAUUUUCUUUUGGUGAAAUAUAAUUUCCAAACUUUGUGGUCAGGCAGCAUCUAAGGUUACAUUACCACAGGCUGACAGUUGGUAUAUGUACCAAUCAAUCCCUUCAUUAGAUUUAUACAGGUUUAGUUAAGUAGCAUUAAAUAGGAUUCUUAGAAGUAUGGCUUCAUAGUACUUUUAAUACUUUAGGCUUUGUAAAAACAAACAGAAUCUAUCCAUGAAGGGAAAAGCUCCUCAGCAUAACUGCUCAGGGAAAUAGGGCUAAAUAACUGAACAUUAAAUAAUUGGUUAAAGGUGCUGUUAGUCGAGCCUCAAUGCUUGCUACAAGGAUGUAUGUACAAGGACUGACUUUAAUAAUUUGCAUUAUAUUGUCCCAACCAGUAGUUUAUUUUUUGCCACGGAAAUGUAGAAGAUAUUACAAGCUACUGGAUGUACUGUCAGAUUAACUUAUUUCAUUAAGGAAGUUGGGAGAACAAAUAGGAAAAAAACUUAUUUUUCUAGUAAAUAUUAAUGUAUUACAUUUCAAAUAAUGGUGCCUGACAUAUUGAAUAAUUAUUUUCUACAGUGUACGUAUGCAACAAAGAUAUUCCAUCAUGCAUUAGAGUCAGUUCUGGCUCUGCCUAGCUGUUUACAUUUGCAAAUGUAGCAAACAAGGUAAUGAAGCAACUAUUUCUAUUGCAGUAGAUAUCUUUUUGUGUGUAUGUAUGUUUGUGAGUGUGUGUGUGUGUGUGUGUGUGUGUGUGCAUAAAAGGUGUAAACGGUAACAUGAAACAAAUGAAAAGUUCUUGAUAUAAUGGUAUGGAAAAUAAGAAGGAAAUGAAAAUAUUUUUAUGCCUACUUAGGAAAAAAGGGUAGCACUAUUCAUUCCAAGUACUUCUUUUUUUAAUUUUUAAGCUCUUAACUCACAUUGUUAUGCUGAAGAUGAUAAACAUAUAUCUUCUUUUUAUUGUUUUGUUUGUUUCAAAUGAAACAUUUCAGAAAUUAUUUUGAUAAGUGUUGCUGGAAUCCGCAGCACUGAUUUUUUUAUUUGCAUUCUGUAGUCGCAUUUGCACUCCAUUUUUACAUUAUUUCGCAGUUGCUUUUGUAUUGUUUUGUUGUGUUUGGGUUUUGUUUCUUUCUCACAGUGCCGGGUCUCUUCUUUUCUUGAAGUUGGAUGGCAGGUAGAGUUCAACAAGUUCAUGACUGUUGUAGUGAAUGAAGUUAAAAAUAUCUUUCUCAUGUUGUGUUGUCAUUUCCAUUCUUCCAUUUUUUUUUGUUUUCUUGUAUUUAAAAAAAGUGAAAAAGGAAAAAAAAAGAGUGAGAGAAAGAAAUCAGGACUAAGUCCUUUGCUUCAGUUUCAUUGUUUAAGGGCCCUAUUUGACCUCGCCUGGCUGUGGUGUAGUUCUAAGAUUCACAUAAACUGAAAUAAAGAGGUGGAAUGAGGAGCUUUGACACUCAAAUGAUUUUGACAUCAUUUAUAUCUUUGUUAAGAAUUUUGAUGGAUGCGUCACCAAAUGUACAUGCAGAUCUGAGGGGUGACUAUGAUCUGAAAAGAAGAGAUUUCCCAAACAACAAUAUUUAAUUUAUGUAUUUAAAAAUGGAUUCAAAUGCAUUGUAACAAUCUUCAAGCCCCAUUACAUAUGGACUGCUCAAAUCAACAAAAUACCAGAGAUUUGGUUCACUUGGACAAUAUUGCAGGUAUUACAGUUGGACAAAAUUACUCUUUAAACAGUUCCUCUGGUGUGUCAGACACAAAUAGGUUGCUCAUUGUUGACAUGUAUACCUUUGUUUUUCAUUUUUUUUAAUUUCUCAGACAGACAUAGUAAUAAUGACUAGCAUCAGAAAAUACAUAUCAUGGUUCUUGGAAUAUUUAUGGUCAGUCUACUUUUUAGUAGAAUAUUCUUGGAUAGCAUUGACAUGAUAGAACUUAUUCCAUACUCUUUUAUUAUUAAUUAUUUUAUUUUCAUUUUUGCUUUCAUUAUUAUGCAUAUUCUGGUGGAGAAGAGGUAGGGCUUUUUUAAAGUUGAAAAAUUAUCAUAACACUAAAUAUUCCAUAUUUUUGUUCCAUCUCUCAAAGUAGAUUACAAUUUUUGUAAGACUGUUGAAUCCUCUUGUCUUAAUUGUGAAUAAUUUAAAAUCAGAUGUUUAGGUACUUUUUAAAAAGAAUUUUCAAGUUGACUUAGGAAUUUUCUGUUCUGGAAAAGGCUUCCCCUAUGAGGAAAACUAUAUGCCAACUAAAAUCAUAUGUUAUUAAAAACCUGUAUGUCUCUUAAAAUUUCUUUUCUGUAUUCUCCAUUGAAUUUUGGAUUGAACUUAAGGUAUAUUUACUUUUCCUUUGUUCACUUUUUCUCUCCUCAUCACUCAGCCCUAUAUACAUACUGUUGUUUGGGAGAUAAAACUAUAAAGAAGCAGCCCACCUCAGAAGAUUGUGGAUUGAGAGACACUACAGAACUCUAAACACAAGAAAAAGGGAUGGAGUAUCAGAGUUAACAAGUUCUCUCUAGAAUUCAGGAGGUAGAAUGUGCCCAAUUCUUUCUACAUGACAUAUUGAGAUGUUCUUUAUCAAAAAGAAAAAAAAUCCACUUCUAAGAUAGUUAAACUGUUCUUUUAGUAAAGGUAGAUUUUAGAAAAACAAGCAUGGGGAUACUUUUCUAAGGUAAUAUUGAGGAGAAGAAGGAAAACAUGAUUAAAGAGCUCUUCCUUGAGGCCUGUGGGUAGCACAUUAUGUUUAUGAUUGCACAUGUGCACAUAAUUCUAUGAUCCAAUGCAGAUAUAGCCCCCCACAAAUAUUAAAUGUAUAUAUACUUUAAAUGCCUGAGGAAAUACAAUUCUUUGUAAUAAAUUGAAGGUUAUCAAUACUAUUAAAAGUUACUAGUCUCUUGCUAUGUGGCUGCAAAACAUCACAAAGAGACCUGUCUUAAGAUCUGUGAAUGGUCUGCCUGUUUAGUUAAUGAAUCUCAGUGCAUUUCUAGAAGGGAAUUAUAUAUGCCAUCCAGCAAUGGAAGCAUGGAGUAAAGAAGCUCGUGGUCACCCUGCCUCUGUACUUUGACAUUAAGUACAGAUCAAUUCACAGUUACUUCUGUCUUAUUAAGGGACAUGGCCAGAAUCUCUAGGCAUCAUUGAUGAGCUUAUGCUAAAGCUUGCUGACUGCUAGACAAGGGAAAAACUGAAGGAUUGAAAUGCUCCUUGUAUAUGAAGCUAAAUAUCAAACCAUCCUUGCACAGUUAGAUGGAAUUCUAUCAGCAGGCAACUGACUAGAGAAGACAGAAAGAUACCCCUCAGGAGUUAGAAAGACAGUGUUAUUUACCAAAGAAAAUCUUCACCAAGGGCAGAGGAGUGGCUUCUUUGCACAGCAUUUCCUUUGAUUUUUUUAUUGCUAAUUUGUAGGGCACUCAGAUCCUGGUAGCAGAGCUGUUGUGUAGAAAGCAUCUCAAUCCCAGUAAUUAGAACUUCUGGAAGAUAGUAAGGCAGAAGUGUGUGAAAUCAGGGAUGAAGAAAAUAUGAAAUUCAAUAGCAAUCCACACGGAGAUGGUGGGUAGUACAUGCUCAUGUUGUCAUCUUGAAAAGAAAUGUAGAGAAAAGGCAAGCAUAACUUCAUCAUGAAAAUAGCAUUUAACCUGCAGCCGAAAAAAAUGGUCUUUCACAAUCCUUAAUGCCCACUGUGGAUCCUGUGUUUACCCCCUGGUUAUUACUUUUUGCAAUACCUGAAUUGCAACAAAUCACUUUUCUUUUUGUUCCUCAGGUUCCUCAGCUGUAAAGUGGAAAAAAUAUAUUAAUAUUAAUAAUAUUAAUAAAUAAUAAUAAGGGUAAUGUAGUACUUUUUUGUAAAGCACUUUGCAAUCCUUGGUUGAAAGGCACCAUAAGAGUGCCAAGUAUUAUGUGGCCAAGGGGUUUGUUUUAAACUCAGUUCCCAAGGGCCAGGAAAGGUUAAGGUCAUUUUUGUUAAAGAUGAGCUGUACAUAUUAUAACUAGACAGCUUAUAGUGUUGACUAUGAAGGGGCAAAACUAUUACAAGGCUGAUAAAACCAUAGUUUCUUCAUGGCUACCAACAAGGCAAAUAUCUCAAUGACAAAUGCCAAAUUCAUUACUUAUUGGCCACAUGGAUAAUCAGGAGGGAUGUGGAGGGGUCGGGGAUUGGAAGCAUCUCAAAAUGCCAUUGUAAAAUUAAACAGGAAUAUUCACCAGCAGUAAAAAAAAUAUGUCUUUCAUAUGGAAUGAUUUCAUGUUGCUAAGAAUUCAAUUUGUAGUCCUGAUUUGAAUAUUAGAAAUGUUGGCUAUAAUAGUUCUGUUCUUACAACACAUGGAAAUUUUUCGUUUUAUUUUAUUUUGUUUUCAUAGUUGCAUGUUCAUUUCUACUCACAAACAUGUUCUCGGUGUAUUUCUUAUGCAAACAAUCUUCAGGCAGCAAAGAUGUCUGUUACAUCUAAACUUGAAUAAUAAAGUUUUACCAUCAGUUAUCCAUAA